UGAAAUUUUUCCGGUAUGCGGUUUGUAACGCCCCCUCAAUCAUCACCGCAGAGAAAGCUUCACACGAUCACACACACAAGCUCUGGAGCGCUAGUCUGUACUGCACUAAAGACUGUGUCCUGUGAUGGCUACAAGAGAGCUGGCAAUGUCGGGUGGUGGUCCAUGGGGAUUCACUCUGUCCGGGGGGAAGGACUUUAGGUCUCCACUGAAGGUCUCCAAGAUUACCCCUGGAGGCAAGGCUGCCAAGGGAGGUAUAAGGUUUGGGGACUACAUCACUGCCAUCAAUGGAGAGUCAACUGAGUCAGUCCAUCACUCUGAUGCUAUGAUGCUCAUUAAGACCACAGGAACUAGCCUGAGACUAACUCUAUCCAAGGAGCCUCCAGCCAGCCCUCAGAAUGAACCCAAGUUUGGGCAUGAUGGAACUGAUGCCGGGGACCGUCCUAAACCACCCCCUGUUCCCACGACAACCAAAGGUCCUGUACGGCAGCAAGUCACCAUCUCCUCAGCUAGUUUCAGCACUACCCCAAAAUCACCCGAACCCAAGGCACAGCCAUCUAGUGUGGUCCCUGACUCUGGCCUGGACACUGGUGGCAGCUCCACUCAACAAUCUCCAGCGUUCAAGAGGAUUCAUGUCACCAAAACCCCCACUCCCAGCGUGCUCAGUGGGACCUCUCCACCCACACAAGCCAUGAAGAAUGUCGUGUUGGAUGAUGGAAACGUCAGGAAAACCUCUGAAAGGCCUCAGGCUCCUAGUAAUGCCCCGUCCAAGGUAACCAUGACAACAGUCAAAGUCCCUAAAGGGUCUCCCAUCCCCAAACCUCCGCCCCCUCACACGACCACACCCACCACCACUGCCGCUACCGGACAAACUACCCCUGGUAAGGUGGUCCAGCGUCAAGGAGUGUGUGCGAGCUGCAACGAGCCAAUCAGAGGUCCCUUUGCUAGUGCUAUGGGGCGGGUAUGGCAUCCAGAGCACUUCACUUGCUCUACUUGUUCCAAGACUCUGCAGAACACCACCUUUGUGUUUGAGGAUGACCAGAUCAUCUGUGAGGACUGCUAUUCAUCUAAUGCCCAGAGCUGCCAUUUCUGUCAGAAGCAAAUACUCGGGCCAUGUGUGAGUGCAGUGGGGUUGCACUGGCACCAGGAACACUUCACUUGCUCCAGAUGUAGCACUGACCUGUCCAAAGGAGAAGGGUUCAAUAUGGAGAACAACCUGCUCUUCUGUGCUGACUGCUUUGGCUCUCUGUAUGGUGCUACGUGCAGUGGGUGUGGGGGCAAGAUCGGUGGAGGGGAGCUCUGGAUAGAAGCUCUGGAGGGAACUUGGCACUCGGCCUGCUUUGUCUGCGAGGGUUGUAAGAAUCCUCUGGAAGGAUCAACUUUCUUUGCCAAGUUGGGACGACCCUACUGCAAGAGUUGUGCCUGAGGAAAGUGCUCAAACUAUCAAACAAACAGUGUAUAUACAUGUAGCUAGCUAUAGCAUCGUCAUUCUAAUCAGACUCUAAUGAUAGUGUUGUUUUGAAUUCAGUAGAUUUGUAUACCAUACCAUUCAUUUUUGCAUUCAUAAA